AAAUCCAGCGAUCUGACCUCUCUGUACCCACAUCGUCUUCCUCCCCUUGCCAUACUCUGUACCAGGCCGUCCAGCUGCGCGCUAGGGUUCGGGAAGUCUGCUCCGUCGCCUCUCUCGCCCCCUCUCCUGGACUUUCUCCGACUUCUAUCUUGGACCUAGUUCCGGCGCCGUUGAAGCACGAGCUCCCCUCCUCUCCUCUGAGUCGCGCCCGACGAAGACGCCAUUGCCGCCGGCGAGCACGUAAAUGUAGAGGAGUUGUGCUGUAGCUCCUGGGGGCGAAGAGGAACUGCCCAAAGGAGUCAGCUAUCUUCUGCGCCUCGAGGAUUUUAGGCUGUGCAGUUGAAUAGUACCUAGCCAUCGUCCUUUAUAGCUCAGGAUCCAAGUCAGCCAUGGAGUCCAUGACAAGUGGUGCUCUAAGUAUUGGGUCAACUACGGCAAUGGGAGUUGAAGAUGAUGCCAACAGCUUUGCCAUGGGCACGAUCCAGCAGGUCGAAAACAAUGAAAAUAGCUACCACACGCCAACACGAACUAGCAGUCUUCCGUUUUGUGGGUCAAGAUAUGAGCCGGAGUGUGAUCCUAACUUACAGCCCGUAAUUGGUAUGCAAUUUGACACUUGGGAGGAAGGUAUGACAUUCUACAAAAUGUAUGCUCAUGAAGUCGGGUUCUCGGUUCGCACAUGGACGACACACAAAGAUGAACAUGGCGUACUAUGGAAGAGGUUUGUUUGUGCUAGGGAGGGUUGGAGAAAGGAGGCCCCAGAAGAGGAAAGGAUAAAACCUAAACGAAAAUUCAAGUUAACCAGGUGUGGUUGUGAGGCUAUGAUUGGACUGAGGAGGCAGGAUGAUGGCAAAUAUAAGGUUGCCCGGUUUGUUCAAUCACACACUCACCAACUUAUUUCGCCAAGUAAGAGACAUCUCAUCAAGUCAAAUAGGGAAGUAAGUAGUGAGUUGAGGAGCAAACUACUUACAUGUCAUAAAGCAAUGGUUGGCACAUCUGCAGCAUAUCGCUUGCUUAGUGUAGAGAAGGGGUGUCCGGAAAAUGUGGGCUGCACAAAGCGUGACUUCCAAAACUCUCACCGUGAUUUUAAAAGAGCAAUUAAGGGAGCAGAUGGGCAGAUCAUAGUAGAUAUAAUGAAAAGUAAGCAGGCUGCCAAUCCAGCAUUCUAUUUUGAUUACCAAGUCGACGAGAAUGACAAACUUAUAAAUAUUUUCUGGGCGGAUAGCAUAUGCAGAAAGAACUACUCAUUGUUUGGUGAAGUUGUGUCUUUUGACUCAACAUAUCGAUUUAAUAGAGUAAAAAGGACCGGAGGGAGUACUACAUCAAGAUCUGAGAGUGAGAAUGCAUUCUUCAGACACUUCGCCAACCGAAAUCUUGCAUUGAUUGAGUUUUGGGUCAGGUUUGAAACAGCUUUAGAGGAACAGCGGCAAGAAGAAUUGCAAGAAGACAAUGCCAGCCUUCAUACACUACCUAUGCUCGAGACUUGUUGGAGUAUCGAGAGUCAUGGUAGAGAUGUUUAUACUCAUGAGGUUUUUGCUGAAUUUCAACGUCAGGUGGUGGCUGCAAGGGAUUAUUGUCAUGUUAAAUCAAUUGUCCAGGUUGGUGAGGUCCGGACCAUUGGUAUUAGCAGCAAGAGUGGUAAAGUUAGAGUAGUUAGUUUCAACACUAGUACUAAGGCAGCACACUGUUCUUGUAGUAUGUUCGAAUCACUGGGUAUCAUCUGCCGUCACAUCAUUGUUGUCCUAAAGAAUGAGGGGUGUAAUGAAAUUCCUAGUCAAUAUGUGUUGCAUAGGUGGACUAAAAUGGCAGCACGUCAGCUUUCCUAUGACGCCAACGGACAUGAGCUAGAAGGCCCAUCUACAUGUCUUUCACCUACCAUAAAAAAGUUGUACUCGGAAACAUGUUCAAAAUUUAGCUUGGCACUUCAUGCGGCGAAACAUUGUGAGGAGAAAAUGAGAUAUUUUCACAAGGUUGUUGGUGAUGCCUUCACGCAAUUGGAACAGAUGGGUGCCAUUAGUGAGCAAAGUAAAGUUCAAGAAUUUGAAUCCUUCGUCGGAACAUCAUUCCCAAGUGUGAUCAGUAUUCAUCCACCAGAUGUAGCAAACACAAAAGGGAGUGGUAAGAGAUUGAAAAGGGGUUCAGAGCAAACAGUGAACCAAAAGAAGAAGAGGGCAAAUAGCAUCCAAAAGGUUCCUGAUAAGUAGGGGCGGUGGUUUCACUAAUUUGAUGUUGGAAUAAUUAUGUGAAGUCAUUCAGCUGGCUACAUUCUUGCUGGAAAUGGCAGUGAUAUUCAUAGGCGAUGAGGUUUUCGACUUUUGGUGCUUCCAGGAGCUCACAUUUGCAAAUGUGUCACUGAAGAAUGCAUAUGUUCUAUGUCUGUAACUCUGGAUGUGGUCACUGUUAGCUUCAGGAAGUCGCUAACAGUAAACCAUGUUGUCCCAUUAGCCAUGUUUAACCAGGAAGAAAAGAUUGUAUGACCGGGCAACGAAUUGCUAAGCCUAGCUUAAUGUAGGUUUUAAGAUUUGGUUUGUCUUUCUGUGUUAUUGUCGCAGCUGUAGCCAGCUUGCUAUAUGUCGUGCUCAUGUGAACACUUUCUGAAUUAGGGCAACCUUAUUACUAUGUGUAUUGAGCACCGUUCAUUUA